AUGAGAUCACUAUUCCAGCUGCUAUUUAUCAUUGAAUUUAUAUAUUCAAUAAACAGUGUUUUAAGUGAAGAACGCUAUGAAUUUAGUCGAAAUUUCGAUAACCGCUUACCACAAUUUGGCAAGAAAACAUUGACAAAACAAAAUACCAUCCGCCAUCGACCAGUAAAACAAAAUAAUUAUAAUUCUGAACGAUUAAAGAGAAAUUUCUUACUUGAUGUCAAUUCACACAGUUCAUCAUGUCGAUCUGGUUCACAGUCAUUUCAGUGUGCUCCACCCUUCAAAGAUAUCUCACGUGGAGUAAGCGUUCAUGCUACUUCUACAUGUGGUGAACAAAGACCACAACGUUUAUGUCGAACUAGUGCAAGCUGUCAAAUAUGUGAUGCUAAUUCAACUCAGCUGAAGUUUUCAUCAGACCAUUUAACUGAUCGUCAUAGCAUUGAUAAUCAAACGUGUUGGGCUUCAGGUUAUAUUCAACCCGGUGAAACAGUCAACCUCACAAUAUCUUUGGGAAAACGUUUUGAAGUAUACUAUAUAUCUUUGCAACCAUGCAGUAUAGGCAGUUUACCACAUUCAAUUGCAAUAUAUAAGUCUUCUGACUUCGGUCGUACAUGGCGUCCAUGGCAUUAUUUUUCAACAGACUGUUUCCGUGCUUUUGGUUUGCCUACUUCAAAUGAACAUAACAGUCAUAUCACAUCGGCUAAUUUACAGGAAGUAUUAUGUGUCGCAUUACAACCACGUGAGACUUACUACAGCCGACAAGGUAGAAGAGUACGUUCAAUGACUAACUAUGUUUUUAAUAAACCAAAUAUUACGAAUAGUUUUGAAAGUAUAGGAGUGCCAGCAGAUUGGGUGAUUGCAUUCAGUACCACACUUGGUCGACCUGCAACACGUCCAUGGAGUCCAGCAUUAAUUGACUGGAUGACUAUGACUGAUGUACGCAUCAGUUUGAUGAAUUUUCAUCAAUUUAACGAAGCAGAUUAUCGUGUCAAAAGAAAUGCAUAUGGAAAUCACUAUCCUAGAAAUCUACACAGACCAGUAUUUCAUCUGAAUCAAAUCAAGCGAACUCGCAGUUCAAGAGAUGGUCAAACAAAUACUGAGCUACCACCAACGGAGAAUAACAAAACAGAAGAAUUACUUGAUCGGAAUUAUUUGCCAGUCACCUCAAAAACAACAAGUAAUUUCACUGAUCAACCAGAUACCUUAUCUGAAAAUGAGUUUUAUGCAUUCGCUGAUAUAGCUAUCGGUGGACGUUGUAAAUGCAACGGGCAUGCAAGUGAAUGUAUAUUGGGCUCUAAUGGAAAACUGGUAUGUGCUUGCGAACAUCAUACAUCAGGAGAAGAUUGUGAAUAUUGCAAAGCUGGCUAUAUGGAUCGACCAUGGGACAGAGCUACACCACAGGAAGCAAACGUUUGCAAAAAAUGUGACUGCAAUCUUCAUUCAAAUGAAUGCCGAUUUUCAAAUGCACUUUAUUUGUUAUCUAAUCGUGUAAGUGGUGGUGUCUGCGAAAAUUGUCAACAUAACACAAUCGGUCGCAAUUGUCAUCAAUGUGCUGAAGGUUAUUAUCGGGAUUGGACAAAACCAACAAGCCAUGAACAUGUCUGUCUGCCAUGUCGUUGUCAUCCAAUCGGAUCUAUAGUUCGUCAUGACUGCGACAGAAGAAGUGGACAAUGCCGAUGCAAACAAGGUGUGGCUGGAUUGUUAUGUGAUCGUUGUCAAGAUGGUUAUCACCAAACACGUUCACCACUUAACCCUUGUACAAAAGAUUUCGCCUCACGAGCAGUAGCCUUAGCACAUACACCAGGGGAUAUAAACUGCCCAUCGUGUAGUACAAAUAAAGAGAGAAUUAAACUGAAGAAAUUCUGUCGUAAAGAUGCAGUUUUUGAAGCUUCUUUCAAAUCACGCGAACUCCAUGGAAACAUGGCUCGCUUCGAAAUGCAAAUAACACAAAUAUGGCGAAUCAAUAAACAAUCUCUAAAGGGAAGUUCAGCUAUCUACUGGCCUGCUUCAAAAAAUUUCAUUGAUUCUGAACACAAUAACCAAGAUGAACAUGAAGAAGCAAUGCAUAGGAAGCUAAAUGAAUUUGUUCCUGUAUGGGUUCGAUUAAAUGAUUUAAGGUGUAAAUGCCCUUAUAUUGAACUGGGUACUUCAUAUUUAAUAGUGACAGACUUUGAGAGCUUUACCAAUAAAGUGAGAAACGAACUGCUGUUUUCAUCCAAAACUGCUGUUUUACCCUGGCGCACAAGCUGGAGACGCAGACUUAUCCGAUUUCGUCGAAGAGAGAAUCGUGGGGCUUGUGAAAAGUUUCGUGAACCUACUAAACUUCUCAGUGUAUAUCGUCCUAAACAGUCCCUAGAAAUACCGACGACUCAUAAUGAAUGGUAUACAACUGGUGCUUCUCAAUACUCCUCACCUAAUUAUAAAAGUCCGACAUAUUCUUUAUCACUAAGACCCUACUCAAGUCCUAGACAUUAUUAUGGAAUAUCUUAA